AUAAUCGGUCAUGGAUAAAACCGAAUGAAAAAUUACAAAAAUAUAAAUUUUCAAAUUUGUAGAAAUAAAUAUUUCCUAUAGCCCCAGAAUCUCAGGUGACAUUGGUUCAUUAUAAUGAUAUAUUUCAUAUCUUCAGUUGUUGUAGUCCUGUGUGAAAUUAUAAUAUGAUUUGUUUUUUUUAAUGUAAUAUUCAUAAUUACUUAAAAUGUUUAUAUUCUGAUUCAGUUACAUGGUGUUCAAAUAAAAGCAGAUAGAAUUUUCAUAUUCGCAUGAAAUGAUAAAAAUUUACUGUCGCUUUAUUUAUAUAUAUUUUUCGUAGAAAUACAUGAAUAGUUUCUCUCCUCGUUCCAUUAUUUCUCAGUACUACGUAUCUCUCUCUCUCUCUCUCUCUCUCUCUUUCCUUUACUUUAUUGCCGCUUUUAAACCUGCGAUUUGCUCAUAGACCAAAAACAUAUACCUAAUGAUGUCGUCGGAGCAUCACACACCAACGAAAGAUCCACCGGAUCAUCCAUCUUCUUCCUCCAACCAUCUCAAGCAACCGCUUCCUUCUCAACCGCAACCGCAGCAACCGCUCAGCCGCUACGAGUCGCAAAAACGCCGCGAUUGGAACACGUUCAUCCAAUACCUAAAAUCGCAGAAUCCACCGUUGAUGAUGUCUCAGUUUGAUUACACGCACGUGCUAAGUUUCCUAAGGUACUUAGAUCAGUUCGGUAAAACCAAAGUACAUCACCAAGCUUGUGUCUUCUUCGGACAACCCGAUCCACCAGGACCGUGCACGUGUCCUCUCAAACAAGCUUGGGGAAGCUUAGAUGCUUUGAUCGGACGGUUGAGAGCUGCUUACGAGGAACACGGUGGCGGGUCGCCUGAUACAAACCCGUUUGCAAACGGGUCAAUCCGGGUUCACUUGAGGGAAGUGAGAGAAUCUCAAGCCAAGGCUCGUGGGAUACCUUACAGGAAGAAGAAGAGGAGGAGGAAGACCAUAAACGACGUCGUAGUUGUCAAGAAAGAUGUUGCAAACUCUUCAUCGACUCAUAAUCAGUCGUCCGCUUGAUAAUUUAUCAUAUAAAAAAUAUGUCCACUAUAGGUAAUCAAUAUAUAAAUUCUCUUUCUUAUUUAAUUUAAAAUUUCAUAGGCUAUUUGAGUUGGAAUUAUUCCCUCUGAAUAAUUAGACCACAAAACUCAAAAUGUAUCGGUUUAAUAAUUGUGAUGGAUACCAUCAAUUUUUCCUGAUUA